GUAACUUACAUGAGUAGAUAUCUACUGAUCUUAUCUCAUUCAAGUUUAUAUUACUCCUCUACCUACCUAGGUUAGGGUACUUACGCUCACAUAAUAAAUAACCCAACAGCAUAAACAACAUAACGGCCAUUGCAUCAAACCGCUAAACCCGCAUCUAGUCACAAGGUCCCGCCAUUUAUUCCACCGUAUCUCAUCUCAUCUCAUCUCGGUUCUUCUAUUGCUAUUGUUACAGAAACAUCAAUCAUUCAUCUAUGGGGAUCAUGCUAGGCUUUGCUAUCUUAUGAUACUAAGAUGGCCCUCUCUACACCAACUAACGGAUCUCGUCGUCUUAACCCGCUUCCGUCUCCGGCAAAAAAUGAUACGCCUAGAUCAUCAGGGCUAGUAAGGCCCAUUUUGCCUCAAAGAGGUGUCACGAGUGCCUCUAUCGAUGAUGCCUACGUGAGUUUCAUCCUCUACUGUAAUCCAGCCGUACCUUUGGAGACCGACACAGCCGCCCUUAGGGACGCUUUUCGAAAUCCGCCAAAGAGCGAGGGCAAGAGCUUCAGCACAUUCACCUUGUUUGAACUCAUCAAAAAACUUCAGUCAAAGGAGCUUAAGACAUGGGCUGAGUUGGCCUUAAGGCUGGGCGUGGAGCCACCGGAUCACGAUAAAGGACAGAGCUCUCAGAAAAUACAACAGUAUGCUGUUCGAUUAAAGCGAUGGAUGCAUUCCAUGCACAUCAAUGCCUUCUUCGAUUACUUGCUGAAUAACCCACAUCCAUAUUGGACUCAGAUUCCUACUGACCCAAACCCCGUAUGUGAAGAUGGCAGGGACGGCGUUGCCCCUGAAGAUGAUAUGGCCUUGCGCGCUUUGUUACCUCAUAUUCGACCGCGUCGAGGUCGAAAGAGGCCCGGGGAAGACGGGUUGAGUAAAUCCCCUUCGCAAAGGCCGAGGCUGGACUCGCCUUCGUCCAGUGGGGAAACCCGAACCACCAGACCCGACACUCUGGAUCCAUGGACCGCCCACCCAGACGGGAGAGUUGCAGCAAAUUUUCAGCCCGUUGACCCGAGAUCAAGUGUUUUGCCCGAAGCAAACUCCGCUUUUCCUUGGAGCAACGAUGUCUCCCGUGAGCCAAUGUCGGCCUAUCCCCAAUCCGCAAUGACGCCAUCUACCAGAGGGAUAUUCUGGGGCGAUGCUGCAGAACCCCGUUCGGCGAUCAGUCCCUCCAAGUUCAAGAGUCUAGGUCGUCGUCACGGCGCUAAGGUAGUCUCUUCGGCGUGGAGAAGCGGCGGGAUUUCUGCCGGCGGCAGGCCCCGCGGGAGACCUCCGGUUAACCGUCUCAGCGACACUCCGUUGUCAGCGAUUCCGGAUGAGCGCAGAGAAUAUCAGAUGCCUUUUGAAAAGGACCCGCCUCGAUCAAGCAUGACACCUGUGCCCAUGUUCCCCCCGUUCCCUUCAGACCCGAUACCUAGAUCGGCGGCGCCCACCUCUGUGCCCACUUCUAUGCCCACAUCUGCACAAAUGUCGAUGCCAAUGUCGGCGCCAACAUCAGCACCAACAUUGACGCCAACUUCCGCUCCCGGAAGUCGGCAAUCUCGGCCAGGCAGGCUUUCUCUUCAAGUACCAGAAAGAGCCAGUGGUCCUGUUAGAUUAGCAACCCCUCCACCCCCAGUUGUCAUGAUCAAUGGGGAAAGCGCAAUGAAUGGAGGCGGUCCUAGUCCCGGUCCCAGUCCCGGUGCCAGUGUUCCUGCUGAAGCUACUGGGCUCGCCACAGAAAUCCAUGCAGAGGACGCAUUUACGGUGCUUGAUCGCACUUCGGCCCUUUUCACGGGCGCGUUUAACGAUCAUACGACCUCGAGCUUCAAAUUCGAGCCAAACAACAAAGACAGGGUUAAUUGCGAGGAGAUUGAGGCUUUAUUUAUCGCAGACCUUCUGGAAGGUAAUUGGUAUGACGAGAAGGGACAACUUGGCCCCUCAGCUAGUCUCGAUGAAGCGGCGGCACUGAUCAAAACCGUCAUCGCAAGUAUCUCCAGACAGGCCCUCACUAAGGAAGCGUUUCUGAUCAACCUCGCGGCACUGGCGGGUGUCAAAUACAUGAUGAAGGCAGGAAGCAACACAGUACAACGCAUAGAAAUAGACAAUGAACAUACCAAAUACUGCUGCGCGUGGGGCAUGCGGUAUGGUCCAGUCAACGGCGUAUUUCGGCUCACGGAGACGGUGCCGCAUAGGCGCUGGAAGAAAGGUGCGCAGCAUCCAACUGCCGAGAGGCCUCUGGAAAGUGUCGAUGUGCCCGCUGAGGGCGAAGCAGCGGCCGAGUAUUGGCGGGCUAGGUACGCGGACCUCGUGCGAGCUGUCAAUAAGAGAAGUGAGGAAGCUUCUCUUCUUAUGAGAAAGGCCGCCAAAGAGGCACCGAGUGGUAAUGAAAGUGUUGGUAGGGGGUAGAAGUAAUGGAAAAAUGGAGAAAGAGAAAGAAA